AUGGACGACUUUCUUAAGCCUGUGCGCACUAUCUCCACGGUGAAAGACACACCAUCUGCCCAUGGGUCAAGCAAUCAGCAACAGGGAUCUAGGGUCGCUGUGAUCGAAUCCCCAGAGGACGUUUUAGGAGCACUCAAGACUCAACCAGACUAUGAAACGGUCGGGGAAGCCCUGCGAUACUUGUCCUCUGCUGUUCACAGCAAACAGUCCUUUUCAAUCCUAUUACCAGGGGCUUUGGCGGCUCAAAUCAUCCACAUCUUAGUCGGUGUCACUAUUCCAGAUUACUGGAGGUCUUUCACAGACAGCUCGAAGGAUCCUCUUUGUCGCAAUCAGAUCAUUCGAUGCCUUCAAAGUGUGAGCGGAAUCGGGGCUGUCAUUGCCCGACUCAAACUUCUCAUCGCCGACGCAAAGCAAAGCAAACCGGCCGAGGGGAUCAGAAAUCUAUCUCAACAUAUCGAAGACCUCCUGGAUGUUCUUUCUCGCAUCCUGGGAGGUGAUGAGAUAUCUUGGCAAAUUUGGACUGAUGUCAUUUUACUUGCGCCUAACACUGUUCAGCAAACCCUGAUUUGGAAAGAGUACGUGUCACAGACAGCAUCUGGCAAGGUACUAGCCAUUGCGGCUGAAGCUGAAGACACGUCGGAAAUCUCAAGGACGGGUCGAAAAGAUGCGUGGCUUGCCCAAGGAAGGGAGUAUGCUACUUGGCUAGGUCGCAACAUCGUAGGAAUGAUUAAAAGGAUGAGAGCUUCUAGUGAGAACGAAAAAGCUGGCAUAUCCACUAUCUUAGGUAAAGCGUUGAUGCUUGGGCAUACGGGCAAGUAUCGUUUGAUCAGUCCUCUACUCUCGGAGCUGUCCGAUCCUGAUCUGAGUUCCAGGUCUCAGAGCAUACUCCAGCGCCUCGCAGCUUAUCAGCAACGUCAAUUCAUGAACUCGACCAUAGUUUGCCUCUCUAAAAAUUAUCUCGACUCAAUUCCCAAUACAAAAGACGAGGUCUCAUUGAAGAGAUCUCGCAUGGUCUCAGGAGUUGCCGGCCUAAUCCAUAGUUUGAUCAGGGGAAAUGACGUUCUAUCAGACUACCUGGUCUCCAUACUGACAGGCGCCGUUAGCGGUGCUGUUGAUAUGAAUCUAGCGUGCCGUAGAAGCAUGAUAGCUGCGCUUUCUACUGAAGCUGGGAGGCUUCAGGCCAUCAUGGAUCGAAGUCUCGCUUCGUUUGGCGACCAGAUGUACAUCAGACAUACCCCGAUCUUACAUCAAGAAGCGCUCUCUCAGACUCUCUUACUCGCAUGUGGGUACGUGCAUAGAUCUCAGCCUACGUCGUUAGCGGCCUUGUCGAAUUCUAGUGUCCAUCGAAACGGAAUGUCGAAUCGAAUUGGAGCAUCUUCACCCAGAGCUCGCUUCCUAGGAAUCGUGGUCGGUACCGUGAUAUCUGAAUUCGUAGAUACCCCAGAUAAGAGGAUGAAAUUCGAGCUUGACAAGGUCGAAGCAGGGGAAGUCAAGUGGUAUAAACAGCUCACCCAAGUUCAAGAUCCACUGGGCAAUCCUAGCGACCUGAUCUCUCCGGAUACGAAGCGGACGGAAACCCACGAUAAAUCAAAGCAGAAUUUAAAGAAAACUCAACAGCAACCGAAAGCUCCACAUCCCAAGGUAGGUUCAAAGCGAACGGCCGUUGAUUCUAGUCAGAUCGUUGGCCCAAGAAUCGUCGAGAUAUUGGAUUCAUCGGAAGACGAUGAUCUUGUUCCUUAUGGAAAGCCAGAUUCAGACCCAGAGGACGAAGAUGAUGACCCCACAAUGGUCCAAAGAAACAAGCCUACAGCCCCUGUGUACAUCCGCGAUCUUAUAGCUGGCCUGAAAGAAAACGAGGACUAUGAUCGGCACCAACUAGCGCUCUCUACUGCUGCUAUCCUCAUUCGAAAAAAGGUAAACUUUGGUAAAGAAGUGACCGACCAUAUCGAACAACUAGCGAGUACUCUCGUAGGACUAAAUGAUCCAUUCGAGUUGGAGAACUUCUCAGAGAUGCGGCAGAAAGCUCUAAUAGCCACGUUACUCGCUCAACCAGCUCAAAUGGGCCAAUGGUUCGCACGUUCUUUCUUUUCCGGAGACUACUCCCUAACCCAACGAGUUGCCAUGCUCACGACCAUGGGGCUUGGUGCACGAGAACUAGCAGGACUCGAGAACAGCUCCACGGGAUUGACCACCCCUACCUCCUCCUUCCCCUCCAAAAUCCUCCCUCCAAAACUUCACAAACUUUACGCCGCCGAAGCAACACCAGUAGCCGCUCUGUCCAACAAAAUGGAACACCUCAUGUUAUCGCCCAUGGCAGCCUCAGCCGCCGACAGUCUUACCGGGCCUAACGCCCUCAAAAUCCGCACCUUCUCUUCUCGCAUGGCUGUCGAAGCAAAGCGUAAAAAGCCUAUUCCGAACGCCCUUGCCGCUAUCGUUGCGCAGAACUUCUUCUUUCCACUCACUGGCCGCUGGUGGACGCAUAUGCAGGCGUCUGACCCUGACAACAUCUACACCUCGCCGCACCUUCUCCCUCCCUUCCUGCAAACCCUCGCCAUCUUACUUAACGCGAGCGGGCCGAGUACACUGAGCUUGCCGCAAAUGACAUCGGAGCUAUGGGAUCUGCUUUUGAGUGUGAGAGGUGCGGCGGUGCAAGAUCCGCUUAUAUUGGCGGCGCUGUUGUUUGCCCUGCUGACGCUGCUCGAGACGAAUGAGGACAAGCAGCGGUUGGCACGGGAGCACGCGAAGGAGCUGUUGGAGACGCAAGAGUGGGUAAGGGGAGUGUUUGAGAGGCUGGGAGCGGGUGCGGAAGAGGAUGAAAAGGUGAGGAUGUUGGCGGCGGGCGUCAUGGUUAGGUGCCAUGAAGUGGUGGAGAAGUACCAGCGGACCAUGGCAGGGGACAUGAUGGAUUAUUAGACAGAAAGCUAUCUAGAUAUGUACAUUUCAUACUGAUUUCUGAUAAUGCGCUGAAGCCCCUCAGACAGUGGUGCAGUGAGAUGGGACGUAUUCUGGUGGUAUUGCAUCAUGGAAUCAGCAAUGAUUCUGCCACACGUACCACAUG